GUAGGGCGGCGUGUCUUCUAAAACUUUACUGGCGGUCAGCCGCCGUCGUUUCAAAUCGUGUCGGCUCGUAUCUCUGACUGUCAAUUUGACAACUGACAACCUUUCUUUUCCCUCUUUUUGUCUCAUACGAGCAAGACGAAAUGGCGGCCCAUAAAACUUUCAGAAUCAAGCAGAAGCUUGCCAAAAAAUUGAAGCAAAAUCGUUCCGUACCCCAAUGGAUCCGUUUGCGUACAGGCAACACCAUUAGAUACAACGCCAAGAGACGUCACUGGAGACGCACCAAGUUGAAGUUGUAAAUUUUAUGCUACGCUGGAUUAGAUUCUCAUCUAAUGGGAAUUCAUUUUUAUGUAGUGUUUACAUCUUCAAUAUUCGUAGUGUUUUCUGCUAUAUGAGUUUAAAUAUGUAUGUUAAUGUACACAGAAUAUCUUGAAAAGAAAUACAUAUAAAAAGUAAUUGCUUUUUAUUUAAGCAAAA